GCCCAUUCCACGCACCGACACGCGAUACAGAGACGCGUCUCCCCGCGACCUGCUGGAGUUGAUCGGGCGCUCACCAGCGCGUCUCGGGCGAUGCUGCGCCGCGUCUCCGGUGCGCGACGGUCUCCAGAACCGCGGACAGCGGCGGCGCUCGCCGCACAGACCCGAUGAUGAGACGCGCAGCCCGGAGGAGUUGAUCGAGACCCCGCACAGCUGCGCUCCACCUGACACGUCAGAGGUCAUGCAUCGCAGGCACACCACCCUUCGAGAAAAGGGCCGUCGGCAGGCCAUCCGAGGCCCGGCCUACAUGUUCAAUGAACGUGGCACUAGUCUCACGGCAGAGGAGGAGCGUUUCCUCGAUGCGGCAGAGUACGGCAACAUUCCCGUUGUUCGCAAGAUGCUGGACGAGUCCAAAACGCUUAACUUCAACUGUGUUGACUACAUGGGGCAAAACGCUCUGCAGUUAGCAGUCGGCAAUGAGCACCUGGAGGUCACAGAGCUCUUGCUAAAGAAGGAUGGGAUGGCACGUGUUGGCGACGCACUUCUUUUGGCAAUCAGCAAAGGUUACGUGCGCAUCGUGGAGGCCAUUUUGGCUCAUCCAGCGUUCGCGGGUGGUUUGAGACUGACUUUGAGCCCACUAGAGCAGGAACUGAGGGACGAUGACUUCUACGCCUACGACGAGGACGGGACACGGUUUUCGCACGAUGUGACGCCAGUGAUCCUGGCCGCGCACUGUCAGGAGUACGAGAUCGUACACAUCCUGCUGAUGAAGGGUGCCAGAAUCGAGCGGCCGCACGACUACUUCUGCAAGUGCUGCGAGUGCACGGAGAAGCAGAGACGCGACUCGUUCAGUCACUCCAGAUCACGCAUGAAUGCGUACAAAGGGCUCGCUAGUGCUGCCUACCUCUCGCUGUCCAGCGAAGAUCCAGUACUGACGGCGCUAGAGCUCAGCAAUGAACUUGCACGACUCGCCAAUAUAGAGACGGAGUUUAAGAUAUUUUUAUUGUUUAAAUAA